CGUGAACCUUCUGCCAAGACUGCCGAAACUGGCGACACACAGCAAGCACACACAAAAACCAUGCACCGCUGCGGCUGCGCCCCGCUGCCCCAAUGCGGCGCGUACCUGUGUUGGGGGGAGCUCGGCAGAACCGUUGUGCCUGCAUGUCGAUCACGCGCUGUGACCAGACUUACCGCAGGCAGCAGCUUGGAGACCUCCACCGCCGACCGCACGCAUGACAAGGGCAUCUCAAGCGCUUCUCGGGGCGAGAGCCAGAGGUUCUCACCCCGAGGAGGCGGGGGGAUGAGGGGGGGGAAGUGCGCGGCGUGCGCUUACCUGGGCGACACUCGAGCUGCCCCUGCGCUGAUGCCCAGAGGCACGGCCGAGGGAGUGUCAGACCUCGGGGCGCGAAAUGGCGGUAGCGGCGAGUGCCAGGUGGGAGAUCAAGAGUACUCGACAGGAAGCCUGGGGCAGCGUUUGGCGGGGCACGGGUCAGGAAAGUGCCACGGAGAAAUAUCAAGCCCCGCAGCAGACGUGGAGGAAGAGGAUGACACAUCAGCAGCAACUACCCGCAGGGAGCACGACGGGCAGCGGCAGACAACACACAGGGCAUCGAAAGCCGCACCAAUCCUCUUCGGUGGUCGGUGGAAAGGCCUAAGCUUCCUGAAAGCCUGGAGAGGAUGCAGGAUGAUCCCCACGGUCCCCGCCAAACAACUGGUGUGAAGAGGUAGUCGCCAACAUACCCUCUUACAUAUGCUCUCCCCAUGGCGGCCUGUUUGAUACGUGUUCGGCGGCGCGCCCCAAACGCAAGGACACACUUCCCCUCUGAAUAGCGUCACUGCCUCGAAUGGUGGUCAGCAACGGUCGUACAGACACGAGCGAACAAGCGAACGGGCAUGCGUAUGUACACAGCGUUCAAAUUCAUCUGCCCAUAUGCAGAAACAGCGUCUGAUUUAGCUCACGCGCGUGUAGAAGUAAGCGGAGGCCACUCGUGCGAGUCCAUGUCUGGUGAACAUGAUUUUCAAUCCCGGCCCACCCCUCACUUCUGAUGAAGCAUCAAGCGUAAUGGCUGCCACAUCCGAACAACCUCAUCGUGGAAGCUUUCCGUAUGAGCGAGCCAAACCAUCCUAAUUAGAGCGGAACCAUGGGCACCCCUGCGAAGCCUACAGAGGGAUCAUGGGCACAUGCUGCCAGGUUAGGCUUCAUCCAUGAGCUGGGCUCCGAGAUCCAAAGUCAGACGGCGUGUUUUGUGCAGCUGCACUGAAACUUCGAAGCCAACGAGCGGAUCAACGCCAACCCCGGUGCUGGACUGCCUACACCAUCCGAGGUCCCGCGCUAGAGGUGGCGCACUCAGAGAGACGCAAGCCUCUGGCCAGAGCCAGGACUCCCAGCGCUCUCUCCAGAGUCGGAGUACUGCUCCCGCGGGGACGCGGUCGACACCGAGCUCGACGCGCACGUGUCACGAAGGUAGCUCUUGACAGGUGCAUGACACUCGUAGUGUCCGUGGUGCACAGCUGGAUCCUUCGCGGAGCUCGACGCGCACGUGUCACGAACGUAGCUCUUGAUAGGUGCAUGACACUCGUAGUACCCAUGCUGCACAGCUGGAUCCUUCGCGGUCUCGUCCAUUGAUGUCAGGCGGGACCAUCGCUGCAUACGACCCGAAGGCAGUAUCUUAUACAUCAUGCAACUGAGGUAGCGGCGCGAAAGCAAAAUUCCUGUUCAGGACGCACCUUCAGCCAAAACAGCUUUAGCGAACAUGGUUACAGAACGUGUUAUACUCUGCCAGUCACCUUUCAAGCCGCAAAGCGCCUCAUGUCAGUAGGGUGGGAGCCUCGUCCAGGCACAAGGGUCCAGACAUAUACCUCACCUGCUCACCAGAGAAGCACGGUCACGCUGGGCUUGUCCUGUGGCCACCCUGCACAUGAUCCAGACAAAUACAUUCAAUCCUCCAUCUUGUGCACCUCCUCUUCACCCCGCUCCUUCUCGGAAAGAU